AUGCUGGUUACCUAUUUGGAAGCCAGCCGGGACCUUUGCGAGACGGACUCAAUUCUUUUUGGCGCCGCGCUGGCAGUCUGCCGCAUCAUAGGCGCCAAGGUUUCUACGGCUGGACGCGCUACUGGCCAUAGUAGCGCUAUCCCAGCAUGGAGAACAAGAAUUGAGGAACGUAUCGCAAAGGCUAGAGCUCUCAUCGGCAGACUGAUAUGCUUUAGAUCAGGCAACAACAGGCCAAGAAUUGUGCGCACCGUCAGGAUGGCGUUUGCUGGGACAAAUGUCAGUUUGUCCCAGCCGGAUAUAACGCAAAAACUGACGGAGCGCAUAGAUGAUCUGAAGCAGAGAAUCGCUGCUUGGGGAAAGCGGAUUCGGCGAUAUACCGAGAGGUCGACACGGUUCAACCAGAAUUGUCUCUUCCAGAGUGAUCAGAAGAGGCUCUAUAAAUCAUUGGAGCGACCAAUAGUAAGUGGAACGGGCCCUGCACCAAAUCAGGCCGACAUGGUCGCAUUCUGGCGCAGCCUGUGUCGCCCAGGAACUGGAAUUAGAGCAUAUGAGGAGUACAUUGGAAGAGGCGAUUGUGAAAACGCGCAGUACGCCUCUCGAAAAUCGACCGCGACUUCCCCGCAUAGCCCUAAGCAAGCGGAAUCGGGCUGUCGUGAGGGCUCUGAACCCAAUGCUGGUGACCUAUUUGGAAGCCAGCCGGGACCUUUGCGAGACGGACUCAAUUCUUUUUAUGGUAAAUACCGAGAGGUCGACACGGUUCAACCAGAAUCGUCUCUUCUAGAGUGA